UAAUAAACCCCAUCCAAUCAACCAACAGUUUUCGUCUUCCCACAAAUAAUCUUAGUUUGUACUGAAACUGUACUUUUAAACGAGAUUUUGCAGAGUGUAGCGGAGAGCACAAGUCGAACUAUUGGGGAUGGAGACGUCGCUGCUACUGCUUCUAGCGGCAGUAGUUGGGGUGUGGGCUGUGUCGCCGCCGAAGUUGUGUCGUCGUAAGGAUGACAAAACUGUAUAUGCUUUCAAGCAAAAUAGUCUGUUGACAGGAGAGGAGAUUUCAUUGUCCAGGUACCGUGGGAAUGUGUUGUUGAUCGUCAAUGUGGCUACCUACUGAGGUUUGACAUCACAGUAUCACGGUUUGAAUGCACUACAAACCAAAUACAGCCCUCUGGGACUAACUGUACUCGCCUUCCCGUGUAACCAGUUUGGAAUGCAAGAACCUGGUAGGAACGCGACAGAAAUCUGGAACGGAAUCAAAGAAGUGCGGCCUGGGCAUGGCUUUACUCCAAAUUUCCAGAUGUUUACGAAAACUGAAGUUAAUGGAAUAAACGAAAAUCCCCUGUACACAUAUCUAAAGACUCGAUGUGACAGCACAGUGGAAGAUUUUGCGACAGACGACAAGCUUUUUUACCAACCUAAAAGAAGCCAGGACAUACGUUGGAACUUUGAAAAAUUCCUCGUGGACCACCGCGGUUUUCCUUUAAAGCGUUUCCACCCUCGCACAAAUCCUGACAACGCAGAAUUUAUCUCGACACUAGAGGAAGCCCUAGAUAUGAGAAAUGGUCGUAUGGAGAUACGAGAUCAAGCAUCCAGUAAUGGAAAGACAAUGCAAAAGGCAUACUGCAGUCUGGUACAAACUAUAUGUCUGAAGAUUCAUUAAAAUGAACGCUGAGUCAAUAUUAAGGGUCGACUUCUGUUCGGAAUGACGUUAUCUAUCAUCGGGUUAUAGAAGACUUGUUGCCCAGCAAUGGUGAGCAAUAAUAACCUAUACAACGAAACUCUCACAUUGUCCGGAAAUAAUUUUGCAUCCCUAUUCUAACUGAAACACUUACAUAGUAGAAGACGCCUACCCCGGUGAUAAAAACUGAUAAUUGAAAACCUAGAACUCGGCGUGAAUAUAAAAUAGAAUAAAAUAUAAAAAAAUAAAUAGUAUCUUAAGGAAAGGUGUAGAUCCCUCAUUUCUGUCUUUAUUUUUUUAUUUAUUAUUUUGCAUCAAAAAGAAGAAAGUGUUGCGUUUUGAAUAAAUUAGCCUAAACUUGUAAAUUUUAAUACUAUGUUCGGACUUUGCUCCCCUUGCCCAAGCGGAUUUCAUGGGACAGGUGCGAAAUGUCAUCUUACAGUUGGUUACUUGCAAUGUAUUUUAUCUUCAUGCUACAUGUUCAGGAGCGUAAUGAAUCCAUUAACUUUGUAAUAGUGUAAAUUCGUGACUUUUUAUGUGUACCAAUGCAUUCUCUUGAAAGCUAGAAACUUUGGCUGCCAUAUGAAGACCGAGCCGUCAACUACUAAACCAGUAGGAGGUUCGGUCCGAUAAUGAUCACCAUUUUCGUGAUAUUCAGUGCAUUCUAUCUCGUCUCAAUGGAGAUCAGCGACCACUGUUUCUUCUUUCUUUAUUUAUGUCAAUUAUUAAAUAAAAUAGCAUAUGUGAAGCA